GUCCGGCGGCAGCAGCUCCCGCGGCGGCGGUUCACGCGAGGCGCGCGAUGGAGCCCUGCGCCCCGCAGCAGCUCCCGCGGCGGCCGUGCGCAAUGGAGCCGCGCGAGGAGUACCACGGGGACCAGGAGGAGCGCGGGGACCAGGAGGAGCGCGGGGACCAGGAGGAGCGCGGGGCCGAGGAGGAGCGCGGGGACGGGGAAGACUGCGGGGACCAGGAGGACUGCGGGGACGCGGUGGCCGCCUGGUGUGACAUGGUCGGGAGGAACGUGCGAUCUAUUCCACAACGCUGUGAAACUCUCGGAAGAAAAAUUGCCACUCAGUACAACAGCUUUACCAGUAAACCAUUAAAAGAGCACAUUUUCCCUCCUCUGAUGAACAUGCUAAUUUAUUUUAAUUUUUUCAAAGCACCGUUUCUUGUGGACUUAAAGAAGCCGGAGUUAAAGAUGCCUCACACAGUGAAUUUCUAUAUCAAGGUUGAGCCUGGGGUGAUUCUGGGAAUCUGGCACACAGUUCCCAGCUGCCGGGGGGAAGAUGCUAAAGGAAAGGACCGUUGCUGGUACGAAGCAGCCCUUCAUGAUGGCAACCCAAUUAUUGUCUAUCUUCAUGGCAGUGCAGAACACAGGGCAGCUCGUCACAGGCUUAAUCUAGUAAAGGUGCUGAGCGAUGGUGGCUUUCACGUCUUGUCUGUUGACUACAGAGGGUUCGGGGACUCUACGGGUAAGCCCACAGAGGAGGGACUGACUGCGGACGCUAUUUGUGUUUAUAAGUGGACCAAGGCAAGAAGUGGCUCCACCCCCGUGUGCCUCUGGGGCCACUCUCUGGGUACAGGAGUUGUAACGAAUGCCGCAAGAGUCCUGGAAGAGAAAGGAUCCCCAGUUGAUGCUAUUGUUCUGGAAGCUCCAUUUACCAACAUGUGGACUGCAAGUAUCAAUUAUCCCUUGUUAAAGAUUUACGAGAAACUUCCAGGAUUUUUACAAACACUUAUGGAUGCUCUGAGAAAAGACAAAAUAGUCUUCCCUAAUGAUGAAAAUGUAAAAUUCCUGUCUUCCCCCAUCCUCAUCCUUCAUGGCGAGGAUGACAGCACAGUGCCUUUGGAGAUUGGAAAACAGCUCUAUGAAAUUGCACACAAUGCAUACAGGAACAAAGACAGGGUCAAGAUGGUGAUCUUUCCUCCUGGUUUCCAACACAACCUGCUUUGUAGGAGCCCCACCCUGUUAAAAACCGUGAGAGAGUUCCUGAGCCAGCAGUGGGCGUGAGGUCGGAGAGCAGCAGAAACCUCCCUUGAAGACUUGGUCCAAACACCACCUGUGAUGUGUACUUCUUGUAUAAAACUGUACCGAGAUGCUUGGAUGAGCUAAAGUCUGCCAGUCACUUGCCAGCUACAAAGCAUGGAUGCUGGGUGGUAUGGAAUGCUCUCAUUUAGUUCAUGGAGCAUGCUCAAACAUCACUGUGAAGGAUCAGAAUUUGGUAAAAACUGGACCCC